UUCAUAAACAAAAUGGUUCAUAUAAUAUUUGACACUAGUACAGUUGGAUAUGAUGAUUUUAUUCCAAUGAGCGGAGGAGGAAUUACAGAAGAAUAUUUCAAAGGAUCACAUCCUUUUCAGAGAGGAUAUGGUCAAAAAGGAGCAGGUAUUGGAGAUGUUAUGAGAGGACUCUGGAGAUUUCUUUUACCCGUUAUGCGUAGAGUAGGCACAACUGUUUCAGAAGAGGCAUUAAACACAGGUCAACGUGCACUGGGAAGGGUUAUCCAAGGGGAACCAAUAAAAGAGGCUCUUGUCAGUGAAGGAAAAAAAGGUAUUGAUACUGUUUUGGAAAAAGGAGGUCUACCCAAACAGUUUGGAUCAGGAAGGAGUAUAAAAAGGAAGAAAAUACCAGAAACCCAAAGAAUUAUUAAAAAAAAGAGACAGAGAACUGACGCAUUUGGACUGUAUUAA